UCCAUUCCCCAUGCAGUAUACAGUCUGCAGUGACAACUGACAACUCUGAAAAAUUCUUUAGUUGUAGUCAGUUGUAGUUGUGUGCAGAGAGAUUGUCAAUUAAAAGACUAACUCCACAUAUAUUUAAAAUAAGAAAAAGAAUCCUUCUGUCUGAUGCAAUAUUUUGAAUUAUGUGAUUCUUCAGAAUUUCCCCAAAUUCCAGAAGUAUACUCCGAAUAGUGAUUUAAUAAAUAAUUUAACAUUUUCAUGAAAAAGUGAUAUUUAUUAAAAUUUCUCCGUUGUUUUUUUUUCUAUUUUCGUACAUUUAGUAAUAUUCACAAUGACAUGAUUAAAUAAUGUGAAGUUAACGGUUUAAAGUAACAAUGGUUUCAAUAAAUUGGAGGGAAAUUUUUCCCGGAAAAUGGAGUCUUAUUAUUUUUAUAUUAUACAUGAGUUUGUUUGUUAAUCAAGGGAUUCUAGUCACUUGGUCACAACAUGAGAAAGAAUAUGAUUACAAUACUGUAUUAGUAGUAUUAAUGACUGAAGUAUUAAAAUUAAUUAUCUCAACGCUCUUAUAUUUAAAAGAUAACCAGGUGUCUUCACUUUUAAAAGAAAUAAGUAAACAUCGAAAAGUUCUACUACUGUACAUGGUGCCGUCUUCUUUGUACUGUUUAUACAACAAUUUAACUUUUCUAAAUUUAUCGAAAUUCGAUCCUACGACUUAUUUUCUACUUCUGCAAAUUCGUGUUGUUAUAACUGGACUCAUAUUUCAGGUCGUUUUCAAGAAAAAAUUAUCCGUUAAACAAUGGAUUUCACUGAUUAUUUUAACUAUCGGGUGCAUGGUAAAGCACUUAAAUUUGAGUUUUGAUAAUAGCAUAGUAGACACAAGUUUCAAGUUUAACAUUGAUGUGAUACUUAUAUUUGUUCAAACAAUCUGCUCGUGCUUAGCUGGAGUUUACAACGAAUAUCUUUUAAAAGGCGAAGGAGCAAAUGUUGAUAUGUUCUUGCAAAAUAUGUUUAUGUAUUUCGAUAGUAUUCUCUGUAAUGUGGCAUUCCUCUUUUUAAAAGGUGAUUUUGCGCACGUAUUUGAUAAUGCCGUUAGCAGUAUCUUUUUCGAGCCAAAGGUUAUAUUAGUUAUGUUCAAUAAUGCGAGUAUAGGUAUAGUGACGAGUUUUUUCCUCAAGAAUUUAAAUUCAAUUGUAAAAAGUUUUGCCAGUGCCUUAGAAUUAGUUUUUACGGCAAUUCUUUGUUGGUUACUUUUUAAUAUUCCAAUUCACUUAAAUACCAUUCUUGCCAUUGCCAUUGUAAGCUACGCGAUUAUUUUAUAUUCACAGAAUCCCAUUCAAAAUGGUAAAACCAGAUUACAUGAGGGAUCGAGUGAGGAGAAAUGUAAUUUAAAAGAUAAUGUCGUGUAAAGGGGUAGUUUCUUUAAUUGAAACAUUUAUAUUUUCCAAAAUCAAAAUUUCAAUUCCUAAAUUUGUAUUUAGAUGAAUUCCUAAUAUCUACAAGAUUUUCGAGUAGUUUAAAUUUGCCGCUCAAUCUACUUUACCGACAGAACACAGAUCGGAACUCAAUCUAAAAUCCAAAGUAGAUCCUAACACAUUUUUUUCGAACUUUUGAAAAAACAACGAAAUAAGAAAUGAUAAGUUAAUAUUUUUAAUAUUAAAUAUUAUUUUAUUGUUAAAAUUAAAUAUUUGAUUAAGUAUGUAAUUAAAAGUAUCUAUAAGAAUAAUAUAAGUAUAAGUGAUUAAUCGACAUGAAAUCGACAAUUUUCAAAGGGAUUAUAUAAUUACUAAGGAAUGUAAUUAUAGUCGAAAAAAAAGUUAAACACUGAAAUAUGUUUAUUGUGAUACAAUUCGAGCUUCGAUGACACCUAAAAGCUUCGUUAUUUUUACAAAAUGUAAAUACUAAAAUCUAUAUACGACAUUCGUAAAAAGAAACUUCGUUAGCGUUAAUGUUUAUUAGAUUUUAAGUUUUAUUAUUUAUUAUACCGAGAUUAUUUUAAUAUUGACAGAGAUACCUUUAUGUGUGUCAGAUUUAAAGAAAAGAAUUUUUUUAAACAAAAAAAAUGUGAAACAUUUUUAAUGCUCUUAAUCAAAAAGGAAAUAUAUUUAUAUUCAAGUUUGAUAAUAAUAAUUAUACAGACAACGGCUAUUUUUCAUCAUUAAAAAUUUACAUUCUACAUUUUUUAUGCAAUCAUUAAAGAGAAUU